ACCGGAAGAGCGAAAUGUCACAUGUCGACGCGUUCAAAUGACACAGGAGUUUGCGGAGAAAGAAGACCUCCUCUGAAACACAAACAGCGGCUAAUGUUCAAGCAUGCUCCUCUCAUUUAUUCGCACCAAUAAGUGAGCCGUAUUAUUUAUUUUCGUAAUUUCUUCCGGCCGUCAAUCAUCAUGGGGACCGCGUUUGCUGUGGUCCUUGUUUUUGUCGGCUGUUGUAGCAAUGUGGUGUAUCUGGAGCUGCUGGUGAGACAGUUUCCAGGAUGUGGCAACAUAGUCACCUUUGCUCAGUUCGUCUUUAUUGCCUUAGAAGGUUUCAUAUUUGAAACUAAAUUUGGGAGAAAGAAACCAGCAAUUCCUGUCAGUAACUAUUUUAUCAUGGUGACCAUGUUCUUCACUGUCAGCGUGAUCAACAACUAUGCUCUUAACUUUAACAUCGCCAUGCCAUUACACAUGAUCUUCAGAUCAGGAUCACUAAUAGCCAACAUGAUCCUGGGAAUAAUCAUCCUGAAGAAGAGGUACUCAGCCAGCAAAUAUCUCUCUAUUGUUCUAGUUUCCACUGGUAUCUUCAUAUGCACCAUCAUGUCAGCCAAACAAGUGCAUGAGGUGUCCAGUGAUGGAUCGGAGGAGCAAGGGUUUUAUGCCUUUAUGCACUGGCUUAUUGGCAUCGCCAUGCUGACCUUUGCCCUGCUGAUGUCUGCGAGGAUGGGCAUUUUCCAGGAGACGCUCUACAAGCAGUACGGGAAGCACUCCAAGGAGGCGCUCUUCUACAACCACUGCCUGCCCCUACCCGGUUUCCUGCUUCUGGCCACUGACAUCUACAACCACUGCAUCCUCUUCAAUCAGAGCACUCCCGUUCUUGUUCCUGUGGUCGGGCUGACCAUGCCGACAAUGUGGCUCUACCUGCUGGUCAAUGUCGUCACACAGUACGUGUGCAUCCGUGGCGUCUUUAUCCUGACCACAGAGUGCACUUCGCUGACCGUCACCCUGGUGGUGACCCUCAGAAAGUUCAUCAGCCUCAUCUUCUCCAUCCUGUACUUCCAAAACCCCUUCACCGCCUGGCACUGGGUGGGCACAGCUGUGGUUUUCAUUGGCACCCUGCUGUACACAGAGGUUUGGAGCAGCGUGCAGGCGGCUCUGCGGGGGGCCGGAGUCAAGGAGAGGAAGGCAGAGUGACGAAGGAGAGACCGCCGGCAGAUUGUAAAGGGAAAAAAAAAAAUCUGCCCCCUUGGGCAAAUUUGAAAUGUUCUUAAAUCUCCUGUGGUAGUUUUAUACAAAUACGGUCCUUUUGUUUUCAUACUUGAUCCUACAUGUUUUACCAACUGCAGUUUAAAGGAGGUGCUGAUAAUAAUCUGCUUUUCAGUGAUUAAAUGUCAUGAAAAGACCAAAAAUGGUGGACACCAAAUCUUUUCCCAUCAGCGUCCACGCGUCUCUGAAAGGAGCACAGACGUUAUGAAUCGACAAUAGUUUGUUUUUUUUACGCUUUCUUAGCCACACCUUGCCAGCACUGCAUUGACCUGCUUCCCCUCAUUUUACCACCUCCCUGAGCUGCUCUGUUGGAACGAGAUCUGGGGACUGGAAACCGCUAAAGUACACUAAACUCAAUUUCAUGUUUGUAAGAAACCAGUGUGAGAUGAUCUGAACAUGGUGCAUCAUCCUGUUUGAAGUAGCCAUCAGAAGAGAGGUAAACUCUGGUUAUAACGGGACAGAUGUGAUCACCAGCAAUAAUCAGGUUGGCUGUGGUGUUUUAAACGAUGCUCAGCUUGUAGUAAGAGGUUCAUGAUACCACCGUCAUCAGUCUGAGCGGUUGUCAUAUGCUGGUUGGAUGCAUAUUUUCAUGAUAUCGAUGCAGGAUUUUGACCCCACUGCCUGAAUGUUGCAGCUAGUUUUGGUCACUUUGUUCGUUCUGCGCUAAUUUUAGCCUCGGUUUCUUGGUGUUAGCUUUCAGAAGUGGCACACGGUGUGGUCCUCUGCUGCUGUAGCCCAUCUGUUUAAGUCUUACAUGCUAUAGCACUGAUAGUUGAGUUUACUGGAUACACUUAACAGUAACAAGAUAAUCAAAGUUUUGACUUUCUUCCCUAUGCUGAUUCUCAACUUGAACUUAAGUGCUGCCAUUUGUGCCAUCAAGCAGUUGCACCUAAGAGCACAGAGGUUUCGUCGACAUAGCUAGAGAGCUUGGGAAGGAGUAAUGGUUAUUCAGUUCAUUCAGAUCUGGAUCUGACCUCUUCAGCUCGCCAUCACCGCUCAGAACAUGCAGGUUGUAAGCUACUGCAUAAAUCUCUAAUGCAGCUCCAGUAGAUAAGGUCGACCAACGGACGGUUUUUAAACUGCACCACAGUUUAGCCUUGCACUUUAAAGUUUUGCCCCUUCUGUUCCAGAAACUUUCACAUUUGUAGCACUCCUCAGUACACUCCAUUCUUACCCUAUUCUCCCCUUAACAAGUGUUUAGACGUGACUUCUUUUUUUUUAGCAGAUUAUUGUGAUUUGACUAGUCGUGUUAUGCACAGAGGUAAAGAUAAAUCAGAGUUUUACUGUAUUAUGCCCACCAACAUUUAUAUUGGGGGCCGAUGUUGGUUAAAGCAGAUAAUUGCUGCGGUUUAGGCCUCUGGCUGCAAAGUGAGACACAUAUUGGUGCAAAAUGUGAUACAUAAUUUGUAGAAAUGUUCUUAAUUUCUGAAAUCUGACCACCUCCUUUAUAGGGUGUCCUGCCAUCACUAGGAUGCCUUUCGUCAGCCCAAGCGAGGAGCCAGUUUUGAGCUCACAAACGCAUUGGAAAAAUAAAUCCAAUAUUUUGGUUUUUUCAUUACUUUUUUUUUUCUUUUUUGCCAAAAAACACAAUUGUCACCAGAUCUACCGUUUUGUUUUAGCAUUUGUACCUCAGUAGCAUUCAUUGACCAAUGGUGCAAUUUCUUUGUCUUGUCUGUAAUAAUGCUGUUUAGAUUUUUUAUUUUAUUUUUUUUUUUGAAAGUGUGAGAUUAACCUGAAAACCCUUGCAUAAUGAAUCAUGAGUAUGCAGGUUAUUUAUAUGGCUCCUUGCUCUUAGACCAUGUUGUCUCAGGUGCGUUGGACCGGUGUCAACAAUCUCUACACUCCGUGCUCUUCGAAAUUAAACUAAUUUUAAUAAUU